UACGCUUCGUCCUCUCUCACUCUCUUCUUCCUGUUGCCUUCUAGGUUUUUGCGUUUUUAGAACCUGUUCUCUUUUCUCUCUCCCGUCUAUCGCACAAUUCCUUACCCCUCCUCUGGCUUUUAUACUAUUUCGCGGGAAUCUCUUUAAAUUCCGUAUCCCACCUCUAAAAAAAAUAAGCUGUUUUAACUUUUGAUUUCUUUGGCUUAUCGGAAAUGUCAAGAUAUCAAGGCAAUACUCCAUCUGAAAUGCCACCCAGUGCGUCUCUGGACGCCUGAAGCAGCACAUAGAUUUGGUAAAGGCAAUUUUCUGUUAUUUUCUCUACUAUUGAAAGAGGGGACGGAGGGUGUGUAAGCCCGCUGUGAUAUACGCCAAUACAGUCCUUUAACCUGAGAAUCACUAGUUGAUCUACAGUCUGUUUUCAACGUCCAGCUCCACGGGAAUCUGUCACAGGAUGUCGCAAGAGGGACUCUCCCAUUGAAUUCACUCCUGGAGAAUAGUCAUGAUGGUUUCAGGGACGAGGUGGAUUCUCUUCUGCCUCUUUCUACUGGGGGAGAGAACAGGACUUGACUGUGGGGAACUGCAGUGCUCUCUGUCUCCAGCCGGGGAGCUUCACCCUGUGCAGGGGCUGUUGGAGCGCUUUGAGGCCGGCCCGGGCUGUGCAGCCAGAGAGAGUGGAGAGAAAGAGACCCAUGUGAUCGCUGUGGGGAGAGGAACACGCAGCCCUGACAAACAGGUGACUGUGCUCCUGAGACCCCUGUCUCUGUCUCAUCCUCCCCGUCAAACUCUCAUCCUGGUACUGAGCUCCAAGCAACCAGUGCGCUGGUGGCUGGAGGCCGUGAGACUACCCCCGGAUCUGCCUGUAUUGGUGCAGGUCUCUCCUAACUCUACAGUGCAGCCCUCCAGUCUGGCAGUGCAGGUGCAGCCUGUGCCCUCUCUGCCUUUCCGUCCGCGGGCUUUGCUGCGCUGGGCAAUGCAUCGGCAUGGCUCCUUGUCCUCCCUCACACACACAGCCAGUGCCAACCGCGUCUACGUCCGCGUGGGCGAGGAUACCACCAUGCCCAGCGUGUGCCAGCUGCAGUCUCUGUUCCUGUCACACAACUACCUGACCUCUGACCUGCAGCCACAGGAAGUGCAGGGCUGUUCUCCAGUUGGCGGAGGCAACCCAGAAGUGCAUGUCAUCAAGCUCCGUUCAGCAGGGUCAGGGCUUUGUGGCUCUCUGCAGGUGGAGGUGACUAUUUCUCUGGUGCCCCCAGUGGCCAAUGCUGGGUGGCACAAGUUGGUGCUGAUCCUCAGCAGUGCCGUUCCAGUCAACUGGGCUCUCACAGUGCCAGGGCUCCGGGGACACAUCUCUGUCUAUUCCUCCAACAGCGUGUCCCCACUCUACCCUCCAGAGCCUGACCUGACACUGACUAGCAUCCUCACCUCUGACCUCUCUACCACCCAUGACCUUUUGAGCUGGGCCAAUCAGAGUGGCUUUCCCAAAGUGGCCUCAUACACCGAGGCUGACCUGGCCAAUCACUUUGUGAUCAGACUGGCUGGGGGAGGGACAGAAGGUGACCCCCCUGUGCGUAUGCUGGAUGGCAGGCCCCCUUGGGUCCAGGAGCACAGGCAGUGGCUGAGUGAGGGAGGUGGAAGGACCAGUGGGGGCUGGGAGGCCGUCAGUGUGCAGUGUCAGGACGGACGACUCAACGUGGCAGUGGACAGACACAUUCUGCAGACCCUGUCUCUCCUGGUGUCGGAGGUGACACUGCGGGAUCCUCAGUGCCUGGCCCAGUCUAACAGCAGCCAUUUCUUGUUGGUAUUCCCGGUCAUUUCCUGUGGGACUGAAGGGCUGCUACAGGGAGAGCCCAGAGGGGUGCAGUACAAAAAUGCGGUGUUGCUAUGGAGAAACAAGCCUCUGGUUGCUGUGGGCAAUGAGACAGACGAGUGGACUCCACUGGUCAUACAUUUCAGCUGUUUGGCUGCAGUCCCCAGUGUCCCAAGCCUUCCUGUGGAGCAGCCCACUCUGCAGGGGCCGGGGCCUCUCCCAAGGGCCAGGGCCGGCCCACUGGUCUCACUGCAGCUGUUUGUUACAGAGGGCUAUGAGCAGAGGCAGACCGGACCUUGUGCCAUCACUGCUGACAACCGUGUCUAUGUGGAGCUUUCCGCCAACGGAGCCCUCGGUGGGGGUGUGGAGGUGCGGUCUUGCAUGGUGUCUCCCUAUCAACCCCGUGUGUCCCCUGGCUGGUCAGUCAUUAGAGACGGCUGCUCCGCUGACUCCUCACUGACACUCAGCAACAUGACACAUGGCCAAGAGGACGAGGAGGAAGAGGAGGAAUAUUAUGAAGAGGAAGAGGAGGUACCUAGAGUCCUAUCAUUCAGGCAUCCAGGAAGGGCUUGGAGGAACAAAGCAGGAUUGAGAAAAAGAGAACACGGUGGGAAGAGGGGACGAGGGGGACGAGGAGGACGAGCCAAAAGGAAGGAGAGCGAUGGAGGAAUGGGAGGAGAGGAGGACCAGAUACACAGACUGAGGUUCAGUUUUGUCCUUCGGCCCAUCUACAACAACUCUGUCCAGUUCCUGCACUGUCGCAUCCGUCUCUGUGGCCCUGAGUCAGUGACCCAGGGGCCUCCAACGGCCACAAUACAGAGUGGCUGUCCAAAUCCCUGGGGCCUCCGUAUCCCUGCCCUCGUAUCCAAACUACCCAGCCAACAGUGUGAGUACAGAAACUUCUCCAGACCCAUGCUGGUCCAUCAGCCUGUUGGUGUGGCCAGACAGCAGGCGCCACCUGCUGGUCAGAGAGGUCAAAUGCCCAGUGUGUCUCAGCUGCCCAAGCCUAUCCCAGCCCACAGCAGCUCUGGGGUAGACACAGGCUCAGUUUUGGGGAUUGUGUUUGUUGCUUUUCUUCUGGGCAUCAGCCUGAUGGGGGCGCUAUGGUGCAUCUACUCUCACACAGGGGCUCCUCCACCAACCAGAAGAGGGGGCCUGAUCGAGAAUACUAACCCUGCCAACACCUCUGUGUAGAGUUGAGAUGGAACGUGAGCAACACACACAGCACCUGGGGGACCACAAAGUAAAGAGAAUGUCAAAUUUAGACUAGUAUUCUAUAGACUUAUCAUGUCACUAGCGCCCUUUGUGAAUUAGUCAAGCACCUGCAGAUUGCAAUAGUGAUAUCUCAUAUCAUGUGUAAGAAAUACAAUAUUAUCUUUCUCUAUCUCAUUUUCAGUGUUUCCUCUGGUAAAUCUGAGACCGAGGGUAAAGUGGGGCAGAAGAUGAAACACCUGGUGUGUGUCAGACCUGGGUUCAAAUACAUGCAUAUUUAAGUAUUUGUUAUUUAAAUGCUUAUUUUCUGUGUAUUUUUGUAUUUUCAAAUAAUGCAGUAUUUUGAUAUUUGUAUUUGAAAAUACACUUGCCUGUGUAGUUGAGAAUUUCCAAAAUCAUUCAAAAAUUUAAGUACUGAAAAUAUCCAGAUACUUACUUUGAAAUGUCUUUGAAAGUAAUUGAAAUACCCUAAAUAGUUUUUGAACCCAGGUCUGGUGUGUGUGUGUGUGUGUGUGUGUGUGUGUGUGUGACCACAUACACUGAGUAUACAAAACAUUGAGAACACCUGCUCUUUCCAUAACAUAGACUAACCAGGUGAAUCUAGGUGAAAGCUAUGAUCCCUUAUUGACGCCACUUGUUAAUUCCACUUCAAUCAGUGUAGAUGAAGGGGCGGAGAGGUUAAAUAAUAUUUUUUCCCCCUUGAGACAAUUAAGACAUGGAUUGUGUCUGUGUACCAUUCAGAUGGUGAAUGGGCAAAACUACAUAUUUAAGUGCCUUUGAACAGGGUAUGGUAGUAGGUGCUAGGCGCACUGGUUUGAGUCAGGAAUUGCAACGCUGCUGAGUUUUUCACCCUCAGCAGUUUGCUGUGUGUAUCAAAAAUGGUCCACUACCUAAAGGACACAACUGUAGGAAGCAUUGGAGUCAACAUGGGCCAGCAUCCCUGUGGAAUGCUUUCGAUACCUUGUACAGUCCAUGCCCCAACUAAUUGAGGCUGUUCUGAGGGCAAGGGUGGGGGAGGGGGUGCGCAACUCAAUAUUAGGAAGGUGUCCAUAAUGUUUUGUGUACUUGGUGUACACUUCUUGAAGCAAUGAGAUGUGUAAAGGUCUGAAAGACCGAAACUACAUGAAUGUCUACAGGUACAUGGCCUCAGCAACUCCUCAAAAUGUUAGGAAGAAAUACUAGUCAGUGCAUUUGAUCCAUUAUACUGUAUCUACAAUGUCAU